UAGUUCGCCGCAUGGCUGAUUUUGUGAUGAAGGAUUUGGGCGGAAAUGAGUUUGUCGAAUCCGUCUCCGGCUGGUGUGCCCGAAAUCCGCACCUGGCCAUCGUCUUGCUGUCCGCCGUACUGGCUUUUCUGAUUCCGUUCUUGGUAAUCCUUGGCUUUGGAAUGGCCACCAUUUUCAUGACAUUAACUGGUGUUCUUGUACUAGAAGGCACCCUUCUCACUGUUGUAACGAUGGUAUUUAUCGCAUGCGUUGGUGGCUUCGCUAUUAUGAUCCCCCUUAUCGGAUUAGUUGCCGUGGCUGCGCUUUUCGUAUUCUCUCAGCUGUAUGAAGCUUACAACGAGUCUGGUUAUAAAAGCUUAAUAACCCGAAUAAUUUACCCACCGUCACAUAUCGAGAAAAUUUAUAAAGCUAAAAUUUCAGAAGAACCCACUGACACGCCGUCUUCCCCCAAAGCAAUCCCAUAAGCGACACUUACCAUCCUGAAGAACCUAAUUGUAAUAAUUGUUAGAAAACUUUUCGUUUAGUUAUUAAUUAAUAAAAAUUUAAAUUGAA